AGAGGGAUUUCAAGCCGAAGUCAUAUGACAUGUCGAAAUCGGAAGUAGAUGUUUAUUAAACGAAGAAAAUGUCUUCGGAAAAAUUAGAGAAUUUGCAAGAAGACUUAGUUUCAGCUUUAGAAAAGAUAUUUCAGAAAUUGGAAUAUCUUCAGAAAUCUGUAGGUGAAUCGAAAAAGGUUCUUUUGAGAGAAGUGGAAAGAGAAAUAGAUGAAGCUGAUUCCGUGCUGAAAGAAAUACAGACAGAAAGUGACAGUGCUCCUAUUUCUUACAGACAACAAGUUAAUCAUAGAAUCAGACAAUAUAAAAGUGAUCUAGAGCGAGCCAACAAUAAAUUGAACGUUUUGUCGAAUAAUUCGUCGCGUAAAGAAUUAUUUGGGCAAAGAGCGCAAGCUGCGGGACCUGCAGAUUUUGGAGAGAGAUCUAAAGUUUUGCAAAUUAAUGAAACGCUCACCAACACUAGCAGAGGAAUAGAAAGAACUCAUCAGAUUGCGGCGGAAACUGAUGCCGUUGGUGUUACCGUUAUUAGCGAAUUGGAUACGCAGAGAGAAGCACUUCUACGCACGAGAGAAAGAUUAGACGCCACGGAUGUAAAUAUGUCGCGAAGUAGGAAAAUCUUGAGAUCUAUGUAUCGAAGAGUGAUUACCGACAAACUUAUCUUAAUUGUCAUCAUAUUGAUUGAAUUGGGAAUUGUCGGUUUGCUUAUUUAUCUGAAUGUGAAAAAACAUACUAAAAAAAGUUCGUGAAAAGUGUUUCUAUUCCAAGAUAGAUAAUUUCAAUACAUUUCAAAUUAAUGAGAGUAUAAUAAAAUAUUUUCAAUAUCUAAUGUACAAGGAUAUGAUUUACAAUUUAUUUUAAUAAUGAAAAACUUGAAAUAAAAAUUAUUUAAUGAUAAGACCUGAAAAUAUGUGAUGAUUUCAGAUAAUUUAAUGAAUUUUAUUUGAUACAUCUUUUUGUAUAAAAUAAUUACAUUUAUUAUUGAGUACAAGUAGAAGAUUACAUACUUAUUUAUUUCAUUAACUAAA